AUGCGACACCUCACGGCCGGGCUUCUCGCCCUUGGCGGCCUUGCCGCGGCGACAUCCGACUACCGCCCGUACUCGACAUGGAUGCUCGACAGCAUCAAGGCGCGGAAGCAAGGCAUCAUCUCGUCGGGCGCAGCGAGCAGCUACUUGGAGACUGGCGUUCUUUCCAUCGCCCUCGAAGCCGCCAUCGCGCAGUACCCGGAUCUCAAGGAUCAGUACGCCCCCUACCUGGAGAACGUCCUUGAAUCAGGCACACCAACCCUCACGAACGCCACCUAUGUGGCGACGCGGCCCUUGGAUCGCUUCUCGAUCGCAAAUGCCGUCACAGGAGCCUCCCAGGCGGGCGUCAUUUCAAUCUCGACUGCCGUCUCGGCAGCGACGAACGCCAUCAAUGAGUCUCUAUCGCUUCAGACACGGAACCCCGAGGGCGGGCUGUGGUACUAUGUCUACCCGCAAUGGAGCUACCUCGAUGGCAUGUUCUCGGUGCUGCCUUUCAUGGCAUCCCUGCCGCAGCCUGACUACACGGACAUCAGCUUGCAGAUAAAUCUUCUCUACGAGCACUGCUUCCAGACGAACACAUCGCUGUUAGUGCACGGGUAUGACUACUCCAAGAAGGCCGUCUGGGCAAACAAGGAAACAGGCGCGAGCCCGUACGUCUGGGGUCGCUCGCUGGGCUGGUUCGUCGCCGGACUGGUACAGACUUGGGAGUCUCUGGACUGUCUCACGUGCAAGCCCGAGGCGGAACCGGUUUGCGGGCGUCUCCGCACGGUCAUGACCCAGCUCGCCACGUCGCUGGUCAGGUACGCCGACCCGGAGACCGGGGCAUGGUGGCAGCUCACGACGUUCCCCGGGCGAAGCGGCAACUAUCUCGAAAGCUCCAGCACGGCCCUCUUCAUCUUCUCCCUGUUGAAGGGCGGGAGACUCGGCAUGCUCGCGGACGCCGAGGUCGACUUCAGGAAGGCAGCCCUGAAGGCCUACGACUACACCACGCGCAACUUCGUCGUGGACACUGGGAACGGAACCAUUGGCUACAACAAGACGGUGGCCGUCUGCAGCCUCAACUCUACGGCGUCAUACGAGUAUUACACCAACCAGCCGUUGUUGCCCAACAGCCUUUUGGGAGAGUCUGCGUUCGUUUUGGCUUCACUGGAGGUCGAGAGAUGA